UGAAGCAAUUUUUUUAAGUUUAUAAACGGGUAUACGCAGCACGCCUUCAACUGCGCAUGCCCCAAACCCAAUCCGAGACGCCCCCCAAGACCCACUCGAGGCCAGAGCAGGUGAAAAAAAAGAAGAAAAAGAAAAAAACUCAAGGCUAUUGAUUCUCGAUACGAUUUCGAGUUUGACAUGGCCACUGUGGCACAUGGCUGCAGCAGUCCACGGCAGCGCUCCUGCAAUGGCAGCAGCUCUCCGGGCGGACAUCAUGGCUCCACUCCGGCCAUGUACACCACAACAAUGCCCAAAUAUUCACGAACGUCUAGUCAAACGCUGUACGCGACCAGCCAGCAAAUCUUUGAGAGUCCUUACAAUGGACACGCCUCACUCUACAUGCCCGGUGCCGUAGUCGGCGGUGGAGCCGGUGUUGGUGCAGCUGGCACAAUUUCACAGCGUCCAUUGUCUGCCUCAGCGCUGCCGGAGUCUACGGCGGGUUGUCGCAACUAUUGGAGUCAGAGUGCGAGUGGUGGUCAUGGGGCACCACACAGCACUGCCUUCUAUCACAGCAGUGGAAGGCACUACAACAACUACAACAACAAGCGCAAAUCCGCCGUAGAACUGCUGGCAGAAUCGAAGCCAUUCUAUAUCAAAUCGGAGGCGGUCUUUGAGCGCUUGCAGCAGGCGAGCUAUCGGAAUGCGAACAGUGGCAAGCGUCGGGAGGAGCGACACUACGAUGAGCUAGAGGACAGACGCUACAUGAGCCUGACCAGGCAACAGCAGCAGCAACAAUACGCCACGCUCCACAAUCAUCAUCAGCAGCAGCAACAGCAGCAGCAGCAACAACAACAUCCCCAAUCCCAUCCGCCACAUCAUCAGCGUUCACAGCCCAAUCCGGGCAAUCCUGGACAUCGUUCCAAUCCCGUUGUCAACAACAAUGUGUUGCAACAUAAGCUGCGACUGCUGCUCGGCAACGAGGCAGCCAAGGAGCGUUCAUUACGCCGUGAAUCCAAUACGGAAUUACUUGCCACAGACUACGGCGAUGAGGAGAGCAAUGCUCUCAGAAUACCGCCACCAUUGUAUUUACCUUCGCAUGCCUUUGGCAGGGAAGCCGCCGCCUACGUUGGCUAUCCGGCGGAUGUGAACAGUGGCGGAGAGGAGCCGCUGGUCCUCACCGAGAACUAUCGACCCAUCAGUCCGCCGGCGGAGUAUGCCGCCAAGUCGAGUCAGGCGCACAACGAGCGAUACAGAUACAACUAUCAGCGGUCGUAUUCGCACUCGCACGAGGUGGCCAAUCCGGACGAGCGUGCUCCGUACACAGCUGGCGGCGACUACAACAUCAAUAGCCACAAGUCGCUACCGGACUUGCAUACCCAGAUCAGCAGACAUUCGCCGCACAGUGAGAUCCUGAGCUGCUGCAGUCGAGGCAAUCGUUCGAUUAAAUCCGCUGGAGAGUCAUCCAUUAACCGUGAUUCCGGUGGCAGUUCCGGUCAUUAUACGCAUCGCAGCGAGCCGUGCUAUAAGCGGCAGAGGGAGCCAAAUGCGGCCAGUGCCAGCACCAUUAAGAACUGUUGCAACCUGGUGGCAGCCACACGACGGGACAGUGGCUCCUCUACGCAGCACAGCGCCAAUUCCUACGGCGGACGCAAUACGGAUUGCAUCGAUUGCCGUUGCAAACAGGACACGACUGGGGGUCAACACAUGUUGACAUCACAUGGUUAUGAUAAUGGGGCUGGCAUUGCCACCGAUUAUUUGCUUAAUUUUAUGCCGACGCCGGAGGUGCCGGAGGCAUUUCAGGAUGAUUAUACACCGACGCCGCCAUCGCCAUCGCCACGACUCAAGCAGCAGCAGCAGCAACAGCAGCAGCAGACAACGCCGCGUUACUCGAGCUCAUCCAGCCAGCAGUUGCACACCAGCUCCCAGGGCUACACGAGUUUCAAUCACUCACAGAGCUCCCUCGUCCAGAGUCCUGGCUCGGCACCAUCGAUGGACGAUAUCAGUCCGCCCCCGAUACAAUUUAAGCGGCAGCGUUGCAUUCGUUUCAAGAAUCGCAAUCGUUUGCCCGCCCAGCCGAGAACCUCACCGAUCAACACGGCCGUGGAGUGCCACAGUGGAGCAGGAUCAGCGGGUGCAUCGGCUGGCUACAAGCGCAAUGUGGAGCACGAGAAUAUCUUCUUUCCCAAGGGAUUCUCCGCGGAUGGCUAUGCGGCUCUAAGUCAAUCACAGGAACGGGAGGCACUCAAUGCCAGCAUCUCGGAGCUGGAGAAGUUCUUUGAUCGCCUCGGACUCAACGAUGAGGCAUUCCAUGAGAUCUACAGUCAGCCGAGGCGACAUCAUAAUCCCGAAACCGAUUCGGAUGACUCCAGUACGGUGUUCUUCUCGGAUGUGAGCACCGUGGACUCAAUGCGACUGCCAGAUAGUACGGAGACCCAACCACAGACCACACAACCCUAUCGCCCAUCCGAGCCACCCUCGAUUGUGGAGCGCAAUGCGAGAAUCAUCAAAUGGCUGUGCAACUGCAAGAAGGUGCAGUGCGCCUGAGGACAGUGCUGGCAGUGUGCCUGCUGGCAACAGCCAACAUUAUUCCCAUAGUUCUUCUUGUAGAGCACGAGCAACAACUACCUGUCUGGAAAAUUCCCAACAAAAAAUUGAUAACUCAUCCUCGUUCAAGUUCAAGUUUUGUCUCUUAUCAGAAAACUCCCGCGCAAUCCACAUAGCCCAAAAAUCGAUAAUUGUUCAUACUUCAAGUUCAAGAAACUCCCGAGGAAGAUCCCAAGAAAAUGUCCGAGGAAUCCAUAAAAUUGAUAAUUGCUCUUAAGUCAAGUUUUAUCUCUCCAGGAAAUUUCCGAGCAGACCCCCAAAAAAGCUUCCUCAGUUCCACACGUCCUAAAAAUCGAUAGUUGCUCUAGUUGAAGUUUUGUCUUUUAUCAGAAAACUGCAUAGGAAUCCACAUAACCUAAAAAUCGAUAGCAGUUCAUAGUUGAAUAUUUGUCUGCUGGCAGGAAAACUCCCGAGUAGACUCCCGAGGAAAUCAUAAGACCCAUAAAUCGAUAGUUGCUCAUAAUUCAGUUCACGUGUUGUAACUUGCAAGAAAACUCUCGAGGAAUCCACAUAAACUGCAAAUCGCUAACUGCUCAUCGUUACAGUUCAAGUCUCUCACGUCUGCCUCUUGCCAAGAAAGUCCUCAGGAAACUCCCGAGGAAAUUUCCGAGGAAUCCAUAGAUCCCAGUAAUCGAUAGUUGCUUAUAGUUCAAGUUCAAGUUUUGCCUCAUGAAAGGAAACUCUCGAGGAGGCCCCCGAGGAAACUCGCUCAGUGCCACAGAUCCCACAAAUCGAUAGUUGCUCAUAGCUCAAGUUCAAUUUCAAGUUGAAGUUCAAAGUUCAACUGUACAACAACAACUACAACUGCAACUGCAACUAAAAGAUGAAUUGCUGCUUACUUAAAUGUAUUUAUUACUCGUAUGUGAAUGUUUAGUCCUUUAUUUGCUGCAACGUUCCGCAGAGCCAAUUAAUCAAUUGUAUAACAACAACAACAAAAAUCCGACAACAACAACUAACUAUAACUAAUCGA